AUAAAAGUCCGGCUUUAAACGGCAUCGUAGAACAUACAACAUGCGGUUGUUCAUUUUGAAGAGAUCUUUUAGGUGUUUUCAAAUCCUCUGCCAUACUGAUGUUGGACUGAAAUUAUUAAUUGAUUAAGAAAUUAUUGAUUUGAUGACAGAUCAGAUACUUACUGCUAGCCAACGAAUAAAAAGCGACACCAAUUGUUCUUCGGAAACCGAUAAUAUUGCUGUUGAAAACUUUUGACAUAUACAUAUACUCAGGGUGAGUAAACAUCAUGGAUAAUAACUCAAAACUGAGUAAACAUGGUAAUUAUGAAAAUUUGGGUUAAUGUUACUCAAUUGUCCAGUACUCGAUUACUCACUUUUUGACAUUUUGCAUAAGAGUACCAAACUAAGUAGAUCCUAAUCAGAUUAGAGUUAAAAUAAAGCAGCGUGUACACUUAUAAGGUGUAAUCCAGCCUUUAGUUUUCCCACACAGUUAAGCAGUAAACUUUCAGUGUGCAUGCCAUCAUGACAUGUUUUUGUUUACUAGCUCGAGUCGGUAUAAUAAUUUGGUAAUGCUGGAAAAAGUUUGAAAAAUACCCAUAAUCACGUAAAAUUCAAACGUUAUUUUGUUCCGUGAGCUAGGUGAGCGAAAUGAAGGAGUUUAGCCAAAUAAAGGUGGAAGAAUUCACUCCAAUAAAGGUAGAAGAACUUAUAAUAUCCGACGUUGUGGCUACGGAUAACGAAACUCUGCACGCCAGCAGCGAUCGGUGCUUCGAAGAACCGACUGUUACAAACGCCCUGAGGAAACAAUCUACUGAUGUGGAACAAAACUCUGUGACGGAUAUCACCGAUGAAAUUAGGACUAAGGCAGCUUGUGAUGAAAUUGCAGCUUGUAGCUCCAGCAACUUGAACGGCUCAGCCGAUGUUGGUGAUCAACCGCGGAAAAAGUAUGUUUGUGAAUUUUGCAACAGGGAAUUAAGCACAAAGUCUAGCUUGGUGAACCAUAGAAGAAUCCACACCGGGGAACGACCUUUUGCGUGUGAUAUCUGUAACGAAACAUUCAACACAGCUCAACGUCUGCGGUACCAUAAGAGUACUCAUACGAGGGACUGGAAGUUCGAGUGUGACAUAUGUGAGCAACGAUUUCUAUUUAAAUCACGUCUUGCGUCGCACAUGAAAAUACACCGCUCAGAUUGCCCCCAUAGGUGUUUAAUUUGCGAUGAAAGAUUCCCAGAUACCGAUAGUCUUGCAAGCCAUAUGGUUCGUCACAGCGAUGUAAGACCUUUCAAAUGCGACAUUUGUAACAAAUCAUACAAGAGAUCUCAAAUUUUAAAGCAUCAUAUCUGCAAAUUAAACGAUUCCUCUACAAGCAACUCGAAACCACCGAAAAAGUAUUUUUGUGAAAUCUGCAGCAAGGAAUAUAGGUCGAAAUGCUUCUUGGAGGAUCAUAGAAGAAUACACACCGGGGAACGACCCUUUGCGUGUGAUCUUUGCAACAAUACAUUCCGCACAGCUGAACGUUUACACUACCAUAAGAAAACCCACACUGAAGACAGGAAUUUUGAGUGUGACAUAUGCAAGCAGCGUUUUAGCCUUAAAACAAAUUUAUCGGCCCACAUGAAUAUACAUCGCACAGAUUGCCCUCAUAAAUGUCCGAUCUGCGGUAAAGCAUUUGCAAGUAAUUGUCAUCUCGAACAACAUAUGCUAAGUCACAGCGAUGCGCGACCCUUUAAAUGCGACAUCUGUGACGCAACGUAUAAGAGAUGUGGGGUUUUAAAAGAUCACAUGAAGAUUCACAAGGUAGAGCCGUUGCUAAGCAACGUAGAAGCUAUAGAAUCAAAUCGAGCUGAUGCCAGUAAAAGCAAUGGAUCAGUGAAAUAUACCUGCGAUAUAUGUGGCAAGCAGUACAAGCAAACGAUAGCACUUAACCUACACCUGAAACUUCAUCAAAGCACCACUGUGAAUUCUGAAAUUAAAACCCGCAACACAAAGCUACACGAGUGUACGAUUUGUGGAAAAACAAAUCCGAACAGAGCAACGCUGACAAGGCACAUGUUGUGUCACACGGAAGAACGACCUUUUAAUUGUGAUAUUUGCGGUUCAUCAUAUAAGUCAGCGCAUGAUGUGAAAGUCCAUAAGAAAACGCAUAGCUCCGAGAAGCCGUAUAAAUGUGAAAUUUGCGGAAAAGGGUUUGCUGAUCCUUGCAAGCUAAAGCGGCACUUGUUUUACCAUACUAGUGAACGGCCUUUCAAAUGCAAUAUUUGCGGUCUAUCGUUGAGGUCAGAAUAUAAUCUAAGAAAUCAUAAACGAACGCAUAAUUCCAAUCGUGAAGGGUUCACAUCCGAGGCAAACCUCGUGACGCAUGUGAGUGCGUCUGAAGAACAACUUUUUAAUUGUCAUAUCUGCGGUUCAUCGUAUAAAACAGCGAUAAAUUUGAGAAAACAUAAGCAAAAGCACACCUGGGAGAGCCCGUUUAAAUGCGAAAUUUGCGACAGAAAAUUUACAUUUGCUUACAGACUAACGCGGCACAUGCUCCGCCAUACCAAUGAACGGCCUUUUCAAUGCAACAGUUGCGGCUUAUCGUUCAAGUCGAUUUAUCAUCUACAAAAUCAUGAAAAAAGGGUACAAUGCGCGAGAAAACAGAAAAGCACCUAAGGCGAAAAUUAAUCACAAAUGAAAACUGAUAAGCGAUAUUGGUCAGUCAAAUCUUCACUCAGUUUUAAAAAUGUUAAAGACUGUCUUUAUUGUACAAUGUGAUGUGAAUAAAGAAAAUGAAGUUGUGACAUUAUUGCAACGAAUUUUUUUACUUAAACGACGUGCUUCUACAGAGGUCAUGUGUAAUGACAAGGACGGCAACAUGCAAUGCAUGCUGAUAAACCGACGGUUGUAGCCAUAAUACUAAGAAUCUGGGCGGAUGAACAAAUACCGAACGACUGGUUGGAGGGCCUCAUAUGCCCUAUCUAUAAGAAGGGUCAUCGAUUGGAUUGUUGCAACUAUCGAAGCAUAACGUUGCUUAACUUGGCAUAUAAAGAGCUCUCCCGUAUCCUGUUCUUCAGAUUGAGACCGUUUUAGGAAUCCUUUGUUGGCGAAUACCAGGAUGAUUUUCGACAGGGGCGUUCCACGACAUUGAAAUCAUUCCCGCAGUCCAUGGUGUGUGAGCACGCAGUUGUUCUAUGUAUUUGUAUAGUCGGAAAAAAGUUCGGAAGUUCGUUUCCGAACUCCAAAUUAAUGCUGGCGCCACUACCAAAACAAACUACAUGGUAGCUGGCAGGGAGUGUGGGAGUUCCCGUGGUGUUGGUGCUGAGACGGAGAUAGAUGGGGAACGAUUUGAAGUGGUUGACGAAUUCGUUUAUCUUGGUACGCUUGUGACAUGUGACAACGAGAUGAACCGUGAAGUGAAACGGAGAGUUACAGCUGCAAACAGGGCCUUCUACGGACUACGUAACCAGCAAAGGUUCCGUAGUUUGCUAAUUUGCACAAAACUAGCGCUGUAUAGGAUGCUGAUACUCCCGGUGGCCCUUUACUGACAUGAAGCAUGGACCGUCGACUCCGUGGUAGUCCUCGCACGCGGUGGAAAAAGAUGCACGAUCUGCUGGUGUACGAGAAGACUGGAGAACGGCUGCCCAAGACAGAAGAAGCUGGACAUCUCUAACUCGUUUGGCCCUAGACCGGUUACAGUGAUAUUAAAAAAAAAAUGCUGUAAACCAGAAAACCUAAGAAAAGAGUGGCCAAGAUAAUACCCCAGUUUGCUCCAGGUUUUUUGCUCCAAACGUGAUUGGCUGAUUUUGACAGCGCGCGUGUGUGAGAAUAUUCAAAAGGGGUUUAGCUUGCCGUGUGUUGCAUACGCCCUUUCGAAAUGUCAUACUAUGUCGAUUAAAUUAGACACUCGAAAAUCGAUAUUCUGGAAACACUGUAACUAAGAAUAAACUGACGGCAGGACCGUCACUUCU